UUGGAUGCUGGAGUAAAAAUGAAUAAGCAGCUUGUUGGUGUUUCGGUACACCACGCUGGGGCUUUCGUUUUGUCACUGUGUGUGUGGGAGUCUAUUCAGUGUCAAUUGAGGGAAAUAUUACCCACCUUGUGCCCUAUUCAAGUCAAAUGAAUGGGCUGGCUUUGUGUGAAGCUCAGGUUUAUAACAUAGUGUACUGAACAGCUUAAUUAAACCCCAAAGACUCUCCUACGUCCUCAUCUGCUUCAACCAAGGCCUUGUUUACUGUGUUAACGAGCAAUAUCCUUAAUCUCCUUAAGGACCACCGAAUCAUCAUCUAAUCAAAACACUGAAUUUACUUCAUGACAUCCAGAUACUGAUACUGAUCGUGUUCUUUCUGUGCACUAUGACACAUUUAAGUUCAAUUUCGGCUACAUCGGACCGAUGAAAAGGAUCUACACAGACGGUGUUUAUUAAAACGCGGCAAUUGCAGUGCUGAAUGUUGUAGAUAAGCUUUCUAUUGCAUUUGCAUUACAGAGAUCCAGUUACAAUGCAUGCCCUCUGCAGCAUGACAACCAGAUCCAAACACAUUCUGUUCGCAAACACGACACACAUUUGAAGUGCAUAUGUGGGCAACACCUCCGUACAGGACACAUUUUCAUGCCAAGGAUAAACAGGGCUUUGCACUCUGCCCAGCUCUGCACUUCAAGUGUACUUCUCUACUCAACCAUUCUUGCUGAGCCACAUGUGCAACUAUCAGUCAACUAUCAAUAAGCUGAUAGAAGUACUGUCCAAAACAACAUUGUAUGAUAAAAUAACAAAUAUUCUUGUUGUGCUCCAUUUCUUCCUGGUUCUUUGAAAGUUCUCAUUUGUGAAAUAACUAUAGUGAUGACUUUAAUGUAUCAGUGGUAAUCAUAAACGUGGGUUUUCUUUCUCCAUCCAGGGUGUGUGUGAAGAAGUCGACACAAGAACGAUUCGCCCUCAAGAUCCUGAUAGACCGUCCCAAAGCUCGCAAUGAGGUGAGGCUUCACAUGAUGUGUGCAGCACACCCCAACAUCGUUCAAAUCAUGGAGGUGUAUGCCAACAGUGUGCAAUUUCCACAUGAGUCCAGUCCAAGAGCAAGGCUGUUGAUCGUCAUGGAGAUGAUGGAAGGAGGCGAGCUGUUCCAUAGAAUAAGUCAACACAGACAUUUCACUGAGAAGAUGGCUAGCCAGGUCACGAAACAGAUAGCACAAGCGUUGGAACACUGUCACUCGCUCAACAUUGCUCAUCGAGACCUGAAGCCAGAGAACCUGCUCUUCAAGGACAACUCUCUGGACGCUCCCGUGAAAUUGUGUGAUUUUGGCUUUGCCAAAAUCGACCAAGGCGACUUGAUGACUCCACAGUUCACUCCUUACUAUGUAGCGCCUCAGGUACUGGAGGCACAGAGGCGACACCAGAAAGAGAAGUCUGGAAUAAUACCUACCUCACCCACCCCCUACACCUACAAUAAGAGCUGUGACCUUUGGUCCUUGGGGGUCAUCAUCUAUGUGAUGCUGUGUGGCUACCCACCCUUCUACUCGAAGCACCACAGUCGCACCAUCCCCAAGGACAUGCGCAAGAAGAUCAUGACUGGCAGCUUCGACUUUCCUGAGGAUGAGUGGAGCCAGAUCUCCGAGAUGGCCAAGGACAUCGUGCGCAAGCUACUGAAGGUGAAGCCGGAGGAGAGGCUAACCAUCGAGGGGGUGUUGGCCCACCCAUGGCUCAACUGCACAGAAGCGCUGGAUAAUGUGCUGCCCUCGGCCCAGAUGAUGAUGGAUAAGGCAGUGGUAGCAGGGAUUCAGCAGGCCCAUGCCGAGCAGCUCGCCAACAUGAGGAUACAGGACCUCAACGUCAGCCUUAAACCCCUUAACUCCGUCAACAACCCUAUCCUGAGGAAACGGAAGCUGCUCGGCACAAAGCCCAGUGAUGGUUUCUUCAUCCACGACCCAGAGAACGGCGGAGAGGACUCCAACGUUGCACUGGAGAAGCUCCGAGACGUCAUCGCCCAGUGUAUCCUGCCGCAGGCUGGAGAAAAUGAGGAUGAGAAGCUGAAUGAGGUUAUGCACGAAGCCUGGCGCUUCAACCGUGACUGCAAGCCGCUCCGAGAUGGACUCCAUGGCCUCAGCUGGGACGGGAGGGCAUUUUGUGACAAGGUGGACCGCUUGAAGCUAGGGAUCGUCAAACAAGCCAUUGAGGAAAAAACAAACUUGCAGGAGUCUCAAUAGCAAGUGCUGAAUUUCUAUUUCCUUUUGUACUGUUUUAUUCUAUUUGUUCUUAAGCAAAUAACUGUAAAGUCGUUUUUUGUUUUUGUUUUUUCAUGUAAAUUUAAGUGCUGAAACGUCUUUUUUUCCAAUGGACAUGCUCGCAAAACUACUGUAAAACUGUAGAUAUCUUCAAAGAAUUGUUGGUACGAAAAGCUUUUUUUAACAAAUGAUGGCGAAGAAAAGAACACAGAAGCAUCUA